AUGUAUGUCGAGGGCUCAAGAAACCCCGACAUCUACAAUCGCGAGUUUGUCGAGACAGUGCAGCGCAUGAACCAAAUGCUCAAGGGCCGCUCAGAAGCACUACAAGCGCUCCAAGCACAGAUUGCACAUCAGCUCCAAAUCGCCAUUCCGGAAAUGAAAGACGACAUCGAAAGAGCUGUCGAAGCGACCGGCGGAAAAGUCCCAAUUACGGGAAUCACACUUGAUCCAUGA